AUGUUGGAGAAGUGCUUGUUAGAUUGGGGACUUGAAGAUGUGUUUGGUGUGACUCUGGAUAAUAUCAGUGCUAAUACAAAGGCAAUCGACUAUUUAAAGCAAAGUAUGAUUGGUUGGACAGGAGCAAUCAAAAGGACUGAAUACUUGCACAUAAGAUUUCUUGUAAGGUGUGUUUCCCAUGAUUUUGCUCUGGUUAUAAAAGAUGCAGUUAGACUCUAUAACAAGUCGAUCGCAAGGAUCAUGUCAGUUAUCAAAGAUUUCAAAAGGUUAGAAAAGUAUGAUAGAGACUAUAAGAAGAAGUACAUUUUUGAAGAAGUUGAGUCUGUUGAUGUACCUAGUCAUGAAGAUCUUAUUGUGCUAUCUAAUUCCAUGGAAGAUUUAACUUUUAGUUUUUCAUCGAGUUCUGAAUCUGAAAUGGAAGUUAAUACUAAUCCACAAGCCAAGAAGAAAACGAUGAAAAAGAAGAAACAACCUCGUCACCAUGCUCCCUAUGUAGAUGAUUGGCGUUAUGCGAAAGGCCUUGUGAAAUGCUUAAAGGUAUUCUUUAAUGCUACUGUUAGAUUUUCUAAUGCAACACAAGUUACUACUCAUACUAUCUUAUGGGAAGUGGUACUCAUCCAUGAACAGUUGGUUCAGUUUAGAGAUAAUGUGGCAGGCUCUUUUAAAGAGAAUGGAUUGGAAUUUGCUCUUGAGCGUUUGUAUGAGAAAAAUAAGUACAAGGUUGAUAGAGUUAUGAAAAGGGUGGAAGAAGAUAUAACGAGACUCUUUGAAGAAUGUAAGUCUUUGUAUGCAGUUGUUGAGGAAAGUUCAACUGGUAUUUCUGUAGUUGAAACUUCAGUUGCUGUGGAAGAACAAAGCAUUGAGGCUAUGCUGGGAUGA